AUGAGUGUGUAUCGUGAUAGUGUUUGGUGUGAUGUGGUGCCGAUGGAUGCGUGUCAUUUGUUGUUGGGUCGUCCAUGGCAGUUUGAUAGGGACAUGUGCCAUGAAGGGUGUCUAAAUGCAUAUACAAUCACCUUUUCGGGUAAAAAGAUUGUACUACUACCCUCCAAAGAUACGCAGUGUCUGUCUUCAGCAGGGGACAAUAGUAAUCUACUUUCCCGAUCUUUAUUUGUGCAUGAGAUGCUGGCAGAAGGUGUUGUACUGUUGUUAGUGGGAACUGAGACGAUAGGAGUGUCGACAGUUCCUAUGACAGUCGAGGGGACGGGUCUUCACCCCAAAGCUGCCGCCUUGGUGUCUGAGUUUCAUGAUGUGUUUUCGGAUGACCUUCCACAGGGUCUUCUACCUUUGCAGGAUAUGCAACAUUACAUUGAUUUGGUACCGGAUGCAUCAUUGCCUAAUCGCCCACAUUAUUGA